AUCAACUUUGUAAAUUUGGUUCAAAACCGAUUGGUGUGUGAGUGUGGGUUCAUUUUGUGGAUGGUUCUCUUUUCGUUCAAUGAUAAUAAGUGUUAAAAGUACGAAUAGACGCCAUGUGUCUAAAAGAUACCUGAGGAAGUAGUUAAAUACUUUGGUAAGUAAAAUGUUUCAUUUUUCCGAGUGCCUAACUUGGAAUGCAACCGUACUCUGCGAAAAAUCAACUGUUCCAUCAUUUCAUGUCGAUUUAGAACGCAAAAGAACACCUCCAGAAUUUUCUGCUGAAACAGUGAUCAGGGUGAUUAACUUGAUAUUACUAAUUUGAAUAAGAUCAUUCAAAUAAAUGUUUUAUCCUGUAGCUUGGAACUUUGUCGUGCAAGUUGUUGUUCACUGUUUUUGAUCGCUCAGUUCUCGAUUGCUGUCACUCUGUUUAACAUACCAAAGUUUAAACAACCUAUUAAUAUCGUUAUCUUCUGGAAAAUCCUUGUGGUUUUAUUGUUUUUUAAAAAAAAAUUUGUUGCUAAGUAAUGAUUCUAUAAUAACCUAACCUUUUCUGUUUAUCCCAUAAGACCACACUGUAGAUAACCUAAAUUAGUCAUUACUAACUGUUGUAAAACCAAAAUGUAUUAGGGUUCACUCUUCAAAUCCUACACAGGUUGAACUUUCUUAUAGUAAUGUCUAAUACAUUCGUAUAUCAAAGUCAAUUAAAAUAACUUCCUUAAAGCUAAAUCCUGCGGGAAGUCAUCUCAGUGUUAUAAUUCCAUAGUUCAUAACUUUAAAGCCUUUCACUAUGAUAACCUACACCUAAAACUAAUGCUUUUUUAAACUUUUUAGGGCCGUUGUCGUCCAUGGAAUCACCUGAGAAGCAAACUCCCAGGUCUAGCAAUGCAUUUAAAAACAAGCCUGGGCGAGGUCGAACCGCCUCACACGUCAAGAGGUCUAAUGAUAGGACAAGUCGUUCAAUGGCUAGUAGACGUACAUCUGUAGACUCAAGGAAAAAAAGUAAUCCCAAAUGUAGUAGAGGAAAAGCUUAUGCUAAGGUGAUUACUAUGUUUAAAUAUUCAGUGAUGUAUACACUACAAUCGCCUAGUAACUACAAUCAACUAAGCCAGUAUGUUUUUUGUUUGCUGGAACAUUUAAUGGAACUCACUUAUUCAAACCAAAUCUCAACGUAGAAUCCCGAAUGGUCGUAUUGCUAGCCGUUCUUCAGCUUUGUACAGGUUAAAAUGCAGAACUUCACAGGCUGUGUAUGUUAAUAAACGACCAUAUAGGCGUCGUAUUCCAAAUGGCAAUUCUCAGGCAAAUACUUCAAAUACUUCACAAACUAACUCUGAGUUUGGUAUCAUUCCUAAUGAUGAAAAUCCAGUUGAGCAGGUUCAAUCGAUCAGUUGUUCCAACAGAACAACAGGUCUUAAACGAAAAUACACUCGGCGCAAUUCAUCUUCAAGAUUUUCUUAUACUAGAAAACCUAAUGCUAGAAGUACGCAGUCCAACUACACUAACUCAGUUGUUGAUUUUAAUAACUUGGUUAAAAAACAAGAAGCAUUUGUACGGGCUUUUGCUAUCCCAACACACUUGUAUAGAUAUCUUUCCCAUCGUCAUCGUGAUCGUCCGUUAUACCUGGACCGUACUCUCAGCUAUUUGAUGCCAAAUCCAUCCCGUAAACAGUCAUCUGGUUCACGUCGAAGCAUAAACAGAAUUAUAGAACGUCUAAUUGAAAGACGAAAAGAUUGCAGACAAAAUGAUGAAUCGAAGGAUUCCAGUAAGUACUCAGAAUCCAUUUCGUCUUCCUCUUCAACGACUCCUGGUGAAUUGCCUCAAGAAUUAGAACUCGUUUUUGAAGGCUUUUACGAUAGUGAAAAAGAAGUGGAUUGGGUCACCGUGGACGCUUCUGUUAAUGUUCAUUUACGCUUUGGAUGGGCAUGGCGCCGUAAAAUAUGCCCAGAUGAUACAAUUUUAAAUAUAACGCCAAAUCCAAUUCGAAUAAAUUGUUACAGUCAUUCAACUGGCUACACUUCCCUAGUCAACUCACCACCUACUUCUAGUAAUGAUAAUAUUAUUACUGCUACUACAAAUACGACCCAUACCUCUUGUCGUUUCUCUUUAACCGAUCUAAUUAAUCAAGUUAAAUGGAAUACAUCUAGUGGUCGUUUAACAUCUGCUCAAUUGGAGUUACAUGUUUCCGCCACUGAACGACGUUGGUUAAAACGUCCCGAUUUGAGUCAUGGAGCAGUUAGUUUGAAUGGAAUUACUCCAAACAUUUCAAACAACUUAACAAAUCAUAUUGUUAAUCAUAUAAACCAUAACAAUAAUAGUAAUAAUAACCUAUCCCAAAAUUUGUCUAAAAGUGUUCAUACUGAUGGGAAAAACAACAAUAGCCAUGUAACAUUUAUCAAUGGUAAUCCAUUGCGUAAAGGUGGUUUAAGUUCAAAUUCCUAUCCAGUUCAAUAUGCUACAGCUCCAUUACCUUUGAUCGUAUCUUCAAUUGGUUUCGAUAGUACCAGUACCGGUCGUCAACUGCUUCUGACUCCUGGUUUAUAUGAAUUACGCCUUGGUGUAGACACGUCCGACGGCAAUGGUAGUAGUGGUGGAGUGAUGAAUAAAGUUGUGCCAUUAAAAUGUUUAGAUGACAAUGUAAGUGAAAAGUCAUAUGUUUCGGCUAACAACGACCAAACAAGUGACACGUGCUCUAGUCAAGUUGAAUGGAGGCGCAUUCGGUUUCCUAAUUCUUCCACGGCACUAGACGAGUAUUCUCGAUGGCCUCGUCUUCGGUUUUCUGUCAUAUGGCAUAAUAAAUUGGAAAAUAAUCAGAUCAUUUCACCUUGUAGAUCGAUGGAAACUCGAAGACAAGAUAAUACCCAUGUACAUAUGGAGGGUCGAUCCUCUCUUACACGUUCCAUGACAAGUUCUCAUAAUCGAGAUGUAAUCAAGUCUCAAAAUCAGUCUGCCACACCGCAUAAACAAAUAGUUUUGAAGGAGGCUUGCGAUUCUUCUGUAUUCAAAGAUUCAACCGGUUUAGAUAAAUGUCUCUCUAAUCGUGUACAACAAAGUCUCUCUGCUCAUUUUGGACCAGACGUUGAUAAGCCCACGUCUACGAAGACGCCACACUUAAUUCGUCCAAUCACAUACGGUUUUGUAUUCGGGGGUAAUUUACAACAAUGGUCUCAGUCCACUGAUCUUGUUUGUCCAUGGUGCCACUUAGAUUGUGCUCGUGCUGGUGAUAAAGGUCCUGAAGCCUUGAUUCUUCAUCUUCGAACUUGUCAUCCAAGAUUUCGUCUCAAGGUUAUGUGGGAUCCAUCACAUACACAGUUAAGCCUACAAGUUUCAUUAAAUGAAGCAUAUGACGGUUCAAAUGAUUGUGGUAUACGUAGAUGGUGUCCGAGCGGUCGGAAUAUUUUCGUUUUACGACAUCAUGUCAUUCCAUCAUCUGGUCAGUUAGUCGAUAGUUGUGCUGCCCUAGGUAUAAAUAGUAAUGCCAAACAGUCAGGUAAUCAAGGUCGUCAUUCUAUUUCUCCAACUCUGAUUGAUGCCACUGUUCGAAUUCGUUGUCCUGUUCGACGAUUGCCGUACACACAUUUGAUAUUUUGGCGUGGUGCUGAGUUAUCAACUGAUCAGUUACUUGAUCCUACAUUAUCGGUACGACCUAUGGUCACUGGACAUAAUCGUAUUUAUUAUCAUACACGUACAUCCCAGCCUGUGCGUGCUUGUGAAUUUGAUGUGGACUCUGAAGCGGAAGAUGCUCCAGUCUGGCUUCGUCAACAUUAUCAACGUAAAGUGGAGGAGUUCACCGAUGUGAAUCCGGGUGAAAAACAAAUUAUGCAAUUGUGGAAUGCUUUACUACUAUCAAUUCGUCCAUCCGGUUUAGUAGUUUGUGACAGUCAAGUAUUAACAUUAGUCUGUCAAUUUAUACAUCAGCAUAGUCGAUGGAUUCAUAGACGACGUCUACGUACUAAUCUAUUGUUACAUUUAGUGAAUCUUGUUGAUUAUGGCUUAUUAUCAUCUAGUCAAUUGCGUCAAUUAAUGUUAAUUCAUGAUAAACAUGUACAAGAAUUAAAUCCAAUCAACAAUACAUCAGUGAUUAAUAAUCACAUAAUUAAUACACAACCAUUAUCAUCUCCAUCGAACGCUUCAACAACAUCUUUCUUACCCGACUCUAAAUUAGUUAAUCAUCAUAUUAAUAAGUCACAACCAAUUAUGCCACGUCUUCUUCAGAUGUUCUCUUCAACAUCUAAUUCAUAGUGCAAAAAAAAAUUCAAUGCUGCUUACACUCUUGUUUCCCAAUUUGUAUACUCCUCCCCUCUAUGUAUGUAUGUAUGUGUCCGUGACAUUAAUACUUAGAAUAGUUCGAGAGACGGAUGUGUGUAUGUAUGUGAAUCGAUGCAUUUUUUUAUUUACAGAUGUUUCCGUAUAGGCCAAAUAAAUUGUUUUUUGGAUUUUUAAUUUUCUUUUUUUUUACAAUGAAAUCACACAAAACAGUAAUUAUUCUUACACAAUAAGUAUGUCUAUGUGUACGUUUCUUCUCUCCUUAGAAUUAUGCUCAAUUUUUUCUCCACUUUUCAUCUUUCCUGUGUGUUUUGUGUAGUUAUUCAGUCGUGUAAAACCUCAACAUCAUUUUGAUUGUUUUGUAUUUUUACAAAAAAGAAUUUCUAGAUUUUACAAAUUCCCAGGGUCUAUAUGUUUGUCUAUAAACUUACGUACAUACAACUAUAUGUAAUUAUUAACGAUAAUGUGACCGUUUUAAUUUUAUAAGCUAUUUGUAUUUCUGUAGUGUAUACAAGUGUUCCUUCCACUCCCCCUUCAUUGUUGUUCAUUUAUUGAAUAUCACUUUUUCCAUUCAACAACUAACUAUCCUCAGGGGACGUUCAUCAGCUUGGUUCCUGGUAGUGUUUUUGGUUCUUUAUGCUCUUCCAUUAUAAUAUAUAUGUGUGUGCUUUCUAUUCAAUUAUAAUCUGUCUUUUGUAGCCUGUUCGUGUGCAUGUAUACACAUACGUUUGUGCCAUGCAUAUUAUUUCGUCAAUUGUAAUAACAAAACUCUAAAAGUCUGUGCCUUCUUCAUAUUGAUGAUGAAUUUCUAAAAAAAUGAUGAAGAGCAGUCUCAUAUUAUCAUUAUCACUAGUAUUAUUAUUAUUAUUA